AUGGCGGCAGCCUGCGCGGAUGCGGGAAAAGGUGAGAGCCCGCCCGAGCAAAGCACGGAGUUCCACACAGUCCCCGAGAGGGUGCUGCAUGACGUGACCGUGCCGUACUGCGCGGGGGUUGCCCGAGGUCAGGGGAGUGGCGGCAUCAGUAUCUCUUGGUUUCCCCGGCUCCGCCGCACGCCGCUCCCGAAGGGAUCCUCCGCGUUCACGUCCGUGCACGUCGUGCACGCGUCGGCCGAGGGUGCCCGGGCCACUUCCGAGAUCGUGCUCGGGUCCGCCAGGAGGCUCAGGGGUGACGCGUGGGCCUACGAGUGGCCGGAGCUGGAGGUCGGAGACGUCGAAGGCGAGUACGACGCGUUCUUCCGCAUCACUGGCGAGCUCGUCCUGAACGGCGCGGACAGGUCCAGCCUCCUGGUCUUCGUCGCGAGCGUGGGCGACGCCUGCGAGCUGGCUGUGGCGACCAUCCUGGCCAUGCUUCCGUUCCGCGGCGUGCAGGUGGCCUUCGUGUCCCCCAGGCUCGGCUACGUGGACCCGCUCCGCAGGUUGACCACGAAGUCGGGCCUGUUCGAGUACGACGCCAGGCAGCCCGAGCGCAUGGGCCGCUGCCCGGUGGCGGCUGUCUUCGGCCCGCUCAGGGACCGGGCCUUCCGCUGCGCGUUGGCACCGUGGCGCCCGCUGAAGCCGGCCGCUGCCGCUGAUGAGAAGCCAGCCCCGUUCAAGAUCGGCGCCCUCGAGUUGCCGAUGGUCACGUUCGAGGGCCGAUACGCAGCGGGAGUGGACCGGCUCGCCUCCCUGUUGGUGGGUCACUUCGGAGUGUCGAUGUUCCCCGUCGUUGCGGUGGGAGAGACCGUGGACGCGCUCGGCUACGGUUCAGACGUCCAGAGCGCCUUGGAGCGCCACGGUGCUGCAGGCUACUACUUCGCCCACGCCUCGGGCGAGAGCAACAAGAAGCCCGAAGCGUAUGGCAGCCCAGAGCUCUUGAAGACAAUCGCUGCGGCCAAGAGCGCCGAGAAGCGCGUGGUGGUCGUCGCCGUUGGUGGAGGCGUGAACGGCAACACGAUGGGCACGAUCGCGGCCAUGAUUGGAGCAGAUUUCGUGGAGGUGCCUACGACACUGAUGCAUUACAACGACGCCACCACGUCUGCGAAGAAGGCUUUCAGCCUCGUGAGGGGGGGCCAGAUCCUCUCCAAGAACAUCCUGGGCACCUUCUACCUCCCUCAGCUGGUCUUCUGCAUCAGCGAGACCUUUCUUACCUUGUGCUCCAGUAGCGUGCAUGCAGCUGUGGGCGAAGCCACCAAGACAAUGAGCAUGCUUGCUCACACGCCUUUUUCCACCGCCGUCCCGGCAACACCGGGGCUGUCGGACAACAUUUUGGGCGGCGCUGAGUUCGCGAGCGACUUCACGCGCAUCACGGGCGGCGUCGAAGGCUUCGAGCACCUCGUCAGAUUUAUCCGCGACUCCCGGGAGCUCAAGGGCGAGGCGCUCAGGCUCGGGCGCCAGAUUGCGGAGGCAAGGACCUCGGCGCCCGCGGGCGCGGAGCUCGCGCGGCUCGCCGCCCAGCGCGAGGGCGCUCUGGCCGAGCUCCGCGCGCGCUUCCACGGCGGCAUCGCGGCGGAGAGCCGGGACGGCAUCAUGUCUUUCCUCACGGUCAUCAACGAGGAGAUCAUCCGCGCCAAGGCCAUGUUCCUUGCCUACUCCGACCCGUUCGAGAAGUACCGCGCGCUGCUCUUCGAGUACGCUCACACGCUCGGCCACGGCAUCGAGGCAGUGAUGAACGGGCUGUAUCGCGAGGCAGAGGCACGGGGCAUCGACCACGGGGACGCCUUCCGCCUGCACGGGCAGUGCGUGGGCAUGCGGCUGGGCCACCUGCGGGGGGACGGCUUCGUCGCCCACCAGUCGCUGGUGUAUCUGUUCAACAGCUUCGGGGGCUACGACUUCGGGCCUCUGCGCCGGCUCUGCGACGACCUCGGGGUCGGCAGGGAGGAGUUCUGCGAGAGCGUCCUGAAGGUGGUCCGGCGCGACAACAAGCGCGGCUACUGCAAGUGCGCCCCUGGUUGCAGCGUCGACCAGCUCGUGCAGGGCAGGCCGGGCUCCCUUCUGCGCAGCGACGACCCCAGCGCCGAGCUCCGCUACUUGGUGGAGGUCAGCGAGGACUCGCAGCGGGACGUUCUCAUGGACGCCCUGGAGGGGCACUUCGACAACGUGCUGGUGGCCGCGGGCCCUGGUCAGCUCCUGCACGUUCCCCGCGCGCAGG